UGGUUGGAAAAUUUUUUUUACAACUUUGUCUUGUAAAUUGAAACAAAUUACAAAUACUAGAUUAUGUAAAUACACACAAGUAUGGAUGUUUCACGCAUUGUUCUUAAAUAUUGAGUUACUUAAAUGUAUAAUUUUGAAAUUUUUAUGCAAUCCAGACAUAAUGAAUUUAACAUAAAAACAUUGUAAAUAUAUAUAUUGCUGUGUGUUGCUUAAUUGUUAAGCAAAGAACAAUUGCACUGCUAAGCAGUUUGCUACUUUUUUAGUUUGGUUGGUUUUUUUAAAUUUUUAGUUUUUUUGACAGAUUGUUACUGAUAUGAUAUACUGUAACCUGUUUUGAAUUUAACAAAUAAAGCUACUAUUCUUGUUCCUCUUUAUAAUAAAUAUGAAUUUAAUAGUUGGAAAAAUGAUAAUUCAUGUCAAUAAAAUAUUGUUACAUUGAUAAUAACAAUAGUUACAAUGUUAUACAUACUUUUUAAAUUCAAUUGUAUCAUCUUUUGUAAUGUCUAGUUCGUGGUUGAAACCAUAAUUGUCAUGGGAAUUGUUUGGUGAUGUAUUGAUGUCACGAUACCUAUACUCAUAGUGUAUAGUGACCUCAUUAGUUGCUCCAUUGUAUGUGCAAAAACUCAAACAUUAAAUAUUAAAUCACACGUGGAUCGAAAUCGAACACUGAACGUAGUGACGUGAUUUUAUGAUACGCACUAAGUAUUUGAAAAUAAAUAUCGACAUGAUGACUGACGUUAAACAACCUGAAAUCGAUAUUUUUCGAGAUACGUACAUAAGAUAUCUAGGCUAUACUAAUGAAGUUGGAGAAGCAUUUCGAAGUAUUGUUCCUAAAUCUGUAGUGUGGUCAAGUUAUGUUGCUGCAUGUGGAUAUGUCUUUGCGGAUACGAUUCAUAAAGGGAUACAUGUCUAUAAUGAAGAUAAUUCAUCUAACAAAAUAAAACAAUUGCUGCUUUCAACUUCUGACACCUUAUUGUGGCAAGGGUUUGCAAGUGUCAUUAUUCCAGGAAUAACAAUCAAUAGAUUGUGCGCUACUGUUAGAUAUAUACAAAAAAAAUCUAACAAAGCUAUGUUACGAAGUCCUUGGAUCUCGACUAUGAUAGGACUUGCUUCGAUACCUUUAAUAAUUCAUCCAAUAGAUUUGCUUGUUGAAAAUUCAAUGAAUAGAACUUAUCGAAAGUGGACAGGUUACAAACCUUCUGAACCUCUAAAGUCUACUUAGUGAAAAAUUAUACACCAAAGUGAUCAAAUAAUAGUAUUUUAAUUUGUAAAUAUUCUAUUUUAUAUUCACACAUAAAAAUGUAAAUAAAUUAAAUAGAUUAAAUUAUCAGAUUCUUUAUGAUCCAUUUUGAAUUUUGAAUUAAGGCAUAAA